AGGCAACUCCUGGGCUAAAAAGAUGAAGCGGUUCUUGGCUCUGCUUAAGAGGAAUGACUGUGAAGAUUCUCCCCAGACCAAGCUGCUGGAUGAAGCAGGAAGGCUAUGUCAGAACUUCCAGCACUCUUCUCGCAGGAUAGUCCAUCUGGAGAAGCUGGUGAAGGCUAUGAAACAGGGAAGACAUUGGGAAUUCCUCCUCACUAAUAUCCAUGUAGUCCGGGCUUCUGUACUUGUUCACAUCCACAGCAGUCAGUACAAUUUGGCUUGCAAACUUCUAGAGGGCUGCAGAGCAAUAGAGAAAGAGGAACUGGUCCAGCUUUGGAAUGAGAUCCACUAUCACAAAGCUAUGGAGAAAUGGCACAAACAGUCUUUGACACCUGUCCAGAAAUUCCGGUGUAGGCAAAGGAAUCCUCCACCAGCCUCUUUCUGUCCUGAGGGAGUGAAAAACCGGAAUUACCCAAAGGAGGUACGCCAAAUACUGCAGAGGUUUGCAGUGGAGAUGACAAGUAAACCAAGCAGAGAGCAAAGGGAAGGUUUGGCCCGUGCAACAAACCGGAAACCCCAACACAUCUAUAACUGGUUUGCUAAUUAUCGCCGUCGUCAGAAAUCCAGGUCCAAUCAACCCAAACAACCUGCCCAGUUGGUGGGUCUCAAAGAUAUAGCUCACCCAGAGAAAUCUCAAGCAGAAAGGACAGAAGGACAGAAAGGCCCUACACAGAACACAGGUCAGCCUUCGUUUUGUUACCAAGUUGAGUGA